AUGGUCACAAAGUAUUGCCCCAACCCGAUUUGGGCCAUCCCUCAGUCCUUUAUCGCUUUUGUUCUUUCUUUCUUAUUCAAUUGUCUGUUCACUCUCUUGGGAGUACGAUCUCUCUCCCUCGCUCUUUCUCUCUCUCUCUCUCUCUCUCUUUCUCGCAAUUUCCAAUUCUGUCUGUUAUUUCUUUCUUUCUUUCUUUCUUUCUUUCUUUCUUUCUUGCUUGCUUGCUUGCUUUCUUUCUUUCUUUUUUUUUCCUUCUUUUUUGUUAAUCUUUCUUUUUCUUUUCUUUCUUUCUUUCUUUCUUUCUUUCUUUUUUUCAGCAUCCUUUCUUUUUUUCUUUUUAGUUAUUCUUUUAUUUUUCUUUCAAUCUACCUUCUUUUUCUUUCCUUCUUUUUUACCAGCCUCUUUUCAUAUUUUUUCGACUUAUAUUUCUUUCUUUCUUUCUUUUUUUUUUCUUCUUUUACUUGCAAUCCUUUCAUUCAAUUUUUUCCGACUUAUCUUUUUAUUAAUUUUUCUUCUUUCUUUCUUUUCUUUCUUUCUUUCUUUCUUUCUUUUCUUUACGCCUUUUUUCUUUCCUCUUUCUUUUCCGACUUAUAUUUAGUUAUCUUUCUUUCUUUUUUUCUUUUCUUUUUUUCUUUCUUUCAUUUUUUUUUUACCAUCCUUUCUUUCCUUCUUUUUUUUCCGAUUAUCUUUAUUAAUUUCUUUUUCUUUCUUUCUUUCUUUCUUUCUUUCUUUCUUUCUUUUUUUUUCUUUAUCAGUCCUUUCUUUCCUUUCUUUUUCCGACUUUCUUUCUUUAUUUUUUUUUUUUUUCUUUUCUUCUUUCUUCUUUCUUUCUUUCUUUUCUUUUUUUCUUUACCAGCCUCUUUUCAUUCUCCUUUUUUUUUUUUUUUCCGACUUAUAUUUAGUUAUCUUUCUUUCUUUCCUUUCUUUUCUUUUGUUAUCUUUCUUUUUCUCUUUCUUUCUUUUUCUUUCUUUCUUCUUUUCUUCUUCUUUUUCUUCAUUUUCCGACUUUUUAUUUUUUUUUUUCAUUCUUUCUGCUUUCUUCUUUCCUUCUUUCUUUCUUUCUUUCUUUUUGUUAAUCUACUUCUUUCUUUUCUUUCUUUUUCUUUCUUUCUUUUUUUCUUUUUUCUUCUUUUUUCUUUCUUCUUUUCAUUUUUCUUUUUUCUUUUUUUAUUAUCUUUUUCUUUUCUUUCUUUCUUUCUUUCUUUUUUCUUUCUUUUCUUUCCCUUCUUUUCCCGACUCAUUCUACUUAUUUUUUUUUUUUUCUUUUCAUUUUCCUUUCAUUUUUCUCCCUCUCCUCUCUCAAUUUUCCGACUUAUCUUUUAUCAGUUUUCAUUCUCCUUAUUUUUCUUUCUUUCUUUAUUUUUCUUUCUUUCUUUCUUUCUUUCUUUCUUUCUUUCUUUCUUUCUUCUUGUUUUGCAUUCUUUCCUAUUUUUCCCUGAUUCAUCUUUCUUUCUUUACCUCUCUCCCACCUCUCUCUCAUUGUGUAAUCUCUCUCCAUCCCCUACUAAGAAUUUUCUAUUCUUAUUUCUUUCCCUGCUUUUGUCUCCGUCUUUCUUUCAAUCUCUUUAUCAUUUUUACUCUCAAAUCCUUUCUGACUCUUUCUCUUUACAACCUCUCCUUUUAUUCUCAGACGUGACCCCUCUCUCUCUCUCUCUCUCUCUCUCUCUCUCUCUCUCUCUCUCUCUCUCUCUCCCAACACUCGUUUUCCCCUCUCAGACAUUUCUGGACCCGCUCUUUCACCCACUCUUUAUAAUUUCUUACUCCCAUCAACUAUUUUUCUUUCUUCCUCCCUUUCUUUCUUUCUUCCUUCCUUUCUUUCUUUCUUUCUUUCUUUCUUUCUUCCUUCCUUUCUUUCUUUCUUUCUUUCUUUCUUUCUUAUUGACUCCUGCUCUGCUUUCUUUCUUACAGCAUUCUUCUUUCUUUUCUUUCUUUCUUUUUAUAACACACGGUUCUCUUCUUUUUUUUCUUCUUUUCUUUUAUUCAUUCGCCCAUUCUUUCUUCAUUUCUUUCUUUCUUUCAUUCAUUCCUACUUCUCUUCGUUCGUUCUUUCAUCCUUUCUUCAUGUCUUUCUUUCUCACAUUUUUUCUUUCUUUCUUUCUUUCUUUUAUUCGUUCAUCCAUUUUUUCUGCAUUUCUUUCUUUCAUUCUCUCUUUUCUCUCCUACUUUCCUUCGUUUGUUCUUUCUUCUGUUGUUCAUUUCUUUUUUUUUUCUCGCGUUCUUUCUUUCUUUUCUUCAAGCGUUUGUUCUUUCUUUCUUCAUUUUUUCUUUCUUAUGACAUACUUCUCUUUCUUUCUUUCUUUCUUUCUUUCUUUUGUCCGUUUCUUUCUCUUUUCCUUCUUUCUUACAGCAUACUUCACCUCUCUUCUCUUUUUUUUUUUUUUUUCGUUCUUACUUUCUUUCGAUCUUUCGUUCUUGCUAUUUUUCUUUCUUUCUUCCCUUCCUUCAUUUUUUUUCUUUCUUUUCCCGCCUUGUGAAAGACAAUAG